AUAUCCACAAAUGAUCCUAUCACAAUCAAACACGAUCAGAAUAGUUUUUCUUUCAAACGAAAAGUUUUUUGCACCAGGAUUCAAGAUUUACUAUCAGAUCAUAGAAGGUGCAAAAGAUGACAGCUGUAUUCAAGACUGCCCCUCUUCAUGUAACUGCCGGAGACUAGCAGAUGGCGGAAUCAUCAUGGCUUCACAUCAACUACAGUCUAUUUCCAAGCGUCUGCCCAAGAAAACAAAUGCUAUAUUAUUUCGAGGUAAUAAGAUUUACCAAGUGGAAAGCAAUGCUUUCGUAAAACAAAGUUAUCUCUCUUUGAUCGACUUGAGCUAUAAUCGAAUAUUUUCGAUUGAAGAAAUGUCUUUUGUAAACCUACCAUCGUUAAAGACCUUACGACUUAAUAGAAAUUUCAUCAAAGAAGUGCAGAAAAACAUGUUCAGUGAUGUAGGGGGACUUGAAGUAAUAGAUUUUGGACAAAAUUUGAUUUCAAGCAUUGAAAUGGAUACCUUUUCUGGCUUUCCAGCUCUCCGUGCUUUGAGCCUUCGCAGUAACGAAAUAAAGGGACUGAAUAAACUCACCUUCCAAAACAACACAAACUUAAGAUAUCUCUACCUUCAAGAUAACGUCAUCAAGAAGAUCCCUUAUGGUCUUUUCCAUCAGCAAAAAUAUCUUAAUGUUUUGUUUCUUCAUGAAAACAAAAUUGAACAUAUCGACAAGUCAUCUUUUGAAGGCCUUGGGAAACUACGAAAACUGACAUUAAGGAACAAUUCAGUCAAUGAACAAACCGUGUCAAAAGAUGUCUUCGAUGAUCUGCGCAAUCUAGAAUACCUGUGA